AUGCCGAAGGAUGUGAUCUUAAUUGUGUGGUUUUGUGUGUGCACCGCCAGGACAGUGGUGGGCUUUGGGAUGGAUCCCCAGCUUCAGAUGGAUAUUAUCACUGAGCUCGACCUCGUGAACACCACCCUUGGAGUCACUCAGGUGUCUGGACUGCACAAUACCAGCAAAGCAUUUUUAUUUAAAGAUAUAGAAAGAGAGAUCCACGCAACCCCUCAUGUGAGUGAGAAAUUAAUUCAGCUGUUCCGGAAUAAGAGUGAAUUCACCUUUCUGGCCACUGUACAGCAGAAGCCAUCCAGUUCAGGAGUGAUACUGUCCAUUCGAGAACUGGAACGCAGCUAUUUCGAACUGGAGAGCAGUGGUCUGAGGGAUGAGAUUCGAUAUCACUACAUACAUAAUGGCAGGCCCAGGACGGAGGCACUUCCGUACCGGAUGGCUGACGGACAGUGGCACAAGGUCGCACUGUCAGUUAGUGCCUCCCAUCUCCUGCUCCACGUGGACUGCAACAGGAUUUAUGAACGUGUGAUAGACCCUCCUGAGACCAACCUUCCCCCAGGAAGCAAUUUAUGGCUUGGUCAGCGCAACCAAAAGCAUGGUUUAUUCAAAGGGAUUAUCCAAGAUGGGAAAAUCAUCUUUAUGCCGAAUGGAUACAUAACACAGUGUCCGAACCUGAAUCGCACUUGCCCAACUUGCAGUGACUUCUUAAGCCUGGUGCAAGGAAUAAUGGAUUUACAAGAGCUUUUGGCCAAGAUGACUGCAAAACUGAACUAUGCAGAGACAAGACUUAGUCAAUUGGAAAACUGUCAUUGUGAGAAGACCUGUCAAGUGAGUGGACUGCUCUAUAGAGACCAAGACUCCUGGGUUGAUGGUGAUCACUGCAGGAACUGCACAUGCAAAAGUGGCGCUGUGGAAUGUCGAAGGAUGUCCUGUCCCCCCCUCAACUGCUCUCCAGACGCCCUCCCCGUGCACAUUGCAGGCCAGUGCUGUAAGGUCUGCCGACCAAAAUGUAUCUAUGGAGGAAAAGUCCUUGCAGAAGGCCAGCGGAUUUUAACCAAGAGCUGUCGGGAAUGCAGAGGUGGAGUUUUAGUAAAAAUUACUGAAGCUUGCCCUCCUUUGAACUGCUCAGAGAAGGAUCACAUUCUCCCAGAGAAUCAGUGCUGCAGUGUCUGCAGAGGUCAUAACUUUUGUGCUGAAGGACCUAAAUGUGGUGAAAACUCAGAGUGCAAAAACUGGAAUACCAAAGCUACUUGUGAGUGUAAGAAUGGUUACAUCUCUGUCCAGGGAGAUUCUGCCUACUGUGAAGAUAUUGAUGAGUGUGCGGCUAAGAUGCAUUACUGUCAUGCCAACACUGUGUGUGUCAACUUGCCUGGGUUAUAUCGCUGUGACUGUGUCCCAGGAUACAUUCGCGUGGAUGACUUCUCUUGUACCGAGCACGACGAAUGUGGCAGCGGGCAGCACAACUGUGAUGAGAAUGCCAUCUGCACCAACACCGUCCAGGGACACAGCUGCACCUGCAGACCGGGCUACGUAGGCAACGGGACCGUCUGUAGAGCAUUCUGCGAAGAGGGCUGCAGAUAUGGUGGAACAUGUGUGGCUCCUAACAAAUGUGUCUGUCCUUCUGGAUUCACAGGAAGUCACUGCGAGAAAGAUAUUGAUGAAUGUACAGAGGGGAUCAUUGAGUGCCACAACCAUUCCCGCUGCGUUAACCUGCCAGGGUGGUACCACUGUGAGUGCAGAAGCGGUUUCCAUGACGAUGGGACCUAUUCACUGUCCGGGGAGUCCUGUAUUGACAUUGAUGAAUGUGCCUUAAGAACUCAUACCUGUUGGAAUGAUUCUGCCUGCAUCAACCUGGCAGGGGGCUUCGACUGCCUCUGUCCCUCUGGGCCCUCCUGCUCUGGUGACUGCCCCCAUGAAGGAGGACUGAAGCACAAUGGGCAGGUGUGGACUCUGAAGGAAGACAGGUGUACUGUCUGUUCCUGCAAGGAUGGGAAGAUAUUCUGCCGGCGGACAGCUUGUGAUUGCCAGAAUCCAAGCGUUGACCUUUUCUGUUGCCCAGAGUGUGACACCAGGGUCACAAGUCAAUGUUUAGAUCAAAAUGGACACAAGCUCUAUCGUAGUGGAGACAACUGGACUCACAGUUGCCAGCAGUGCCGGUGUCUGGAAGGAGAGGUAGAUUGCUGGCCGCUCACUUGCCCCAAUUUGAGCUGUGAGUACACAACCAUCUUGGAAGGGGAAUGUUGUCCCCGCUGUGUCAGUGACCCCUGCCUGGCUGAUAACAUCACCUAUGACAUCAGAAAAACUUGCCUGGACAGCUAUGGCCUUUCUAGGCUUAGCGGCUCAGUGUGGACAAUGACUGGAUCUCCCUGCACAACCUGCAAAUGCAAGAAUGGAAGUGUCUGCUGUUCUGUGGAUUUGGAGUGUCUUCAUAAUAAUUGA